AUGAUUUCAUCAAUCGUGUCUCUCACGACGAUAUCCUCAUUCAACUCGACCGCCACGCUAGACCUGAACGCAACCACAUCGAACUACCUGUACACUCCCCCGUCGACGAUCGACAUCUUCAACGCCAGCAAUGCCACCAACCUGACCGACGGCCCGUACCCGGUGUUCCCCAGCUACAUCCGGACCACCUCCAUGGUCUUCUGUAUCGUCAUCAUGUGUCUGGGAGUGAUCGGAAACGUGAUGGUGCCCAUAGUGAUCUUCAAAACGAAGGAUAUGCGGAAUAGCACGAAUAUUUUCCUAGUGAACUUAAGUGUGGCGGAUCUGAUGGUGCUGUUGGUGUGCACGCCCACGGUGUUGGUGGAGGUCAAUUCGAGGCCGGAAACUUGGGUGUUAGGGAGAGAGAUGUGUAAAGCGGUACCCUUCGUGGAGCUCACCGUAGCCCAUGCUUCCGUUCUGACCAUCCUCGCCAUCAGCUUCGAACGCUACUACGCCAUCUGCAAACCUCUGAAGGCCGGUUACAUCUGCACGAAAGCUAGAGCGUCCCUUAUUUGCCUUCUGGCCUGGUUUGUUGCCGCCGUUUUCACAAGCCCGAUGCUAGGCAUAGCCGAAUUCAAACACGUCGAGUACUUCGACGGCUCCAAGGUACCAGCCUGCCACACACUAGCCAACACUUUUUGGUCCGCCCUGUACUUCCUCAGCAGUAUUUUCCUCUUCUUCAUAGUUCCUCUGAUCAUCCUCCUGGUACUGUACUGCAUCAUCGCCAAAAACCUAAUAUCCAAUGCUGCCACGAUGGUACUGAACAAACACAUUGACAACUACUCCAUUAGAGCCAGAAGGCAAGUCAUCCUUAUGUUGGGCACCGUGGUUUUAAGCUUUUUCUUGUGUCUAAUACCUUUUCGGGUGUUCACACUUUGGAUUAUAAUAGUACCGGAGGAAAACGUUUACCGAUUAGGAGUAGAAAAGUAUUAUAAUAUCCUCUACUUCUGUAGGAUAAUGGUGUACUUGAACUCGGCCAUCAAUCCUAUCCUGUACAACUUGAUGAGCUCCAAGUUCCGAUCCGGAUUCAUUAUUUGUUCGGAAGCAAGACGGAAGCUGUAUUUCAAACGGUCUAGAAACGGCACUUUCAGCACCACGACGACCACCCGGAGCAGCAGUACUUUUAGAAGCAGUCACGACGGUCACAAUUAUAAAGUGUGCUACAGGCCCAGAAACAACUCCAUCUUAAUAAAAAACUGCAGUGACUCUCCCGACUCCAACAGAAGUAGUGACUCACACUCGAACAUCCUCAGGGACAGCCCAGGCCCUAGACACUUAAGGUCACUGAAAACUAGCAGUAAAGACGAGGAGUUUGACGAUUCCGAGCGCAGGAGUAGUCAUUGCAAGGCUGAGUUUAAUGUUUUUACCGAAAAGGUGGUUGAUCAAGGACAGAGAAGUAAUCUGCAGAAGUUCCUCGACAGCAAGUGUUUUAACGAAAACGAAGAACGUAUUAUACUGCACGAGAAAUUUUUGAAGCAGAAUCGCAAAAACGACGAAGAAAGUUUUUUGUAA